UGAAGCAACAUCUUCCGUGGUUAAAGUUCAAGAACAUGGCGGCCUAUGUGAAAAUGCUCAAUGUUAUAUAGACAUGCUGGAAUUUGGUGCUUGUAGUAUAUUAAUUCAUUAAUUAUUUUAGCUUUUAAUUGUAUAGACGCUUACCAUUAAUCACAACUAUAUAUAAUCUUCAACAUGUUGCGGGCUUUAUCGCGGUGUCAUGAUCCUGUAGUCCGUCUUCUCGCUCCUCGCAAUACAGUUUUGGUCGAAACUGUUAGGGGAAGAAAAUCUCGCACAGACCCCAAAGCUAAAUCAAAAUUGGGCCGAAUCAAGACUCCCCCUCCCGUGGAUCCAGUUGAAAUGGUUGUAUUAAAGGAGCGUUUCACUGAGUACAAUUUGAUCCGAAGAGCCCUGCGACUUGAGUUCAAGGAGCAAGUGUUGAGGAAGAAAUAUGAAGAUGAGGUUGGUUCUGCAGCAGAGGAGAGAACUAAAAGGGAGGCUGAAGAGCAUCGGUCAUUAAUGGCCUGGAAUGAUGCUGAAAACCUCAGAUUACGUCAAAUACGAGAGCAGCGUGUGCAGAAGGAGACUGAGGCUGCGGAACUGAAAAGGAAAGAAGCAAUCCUCUUACGCCAGCAAGAGCUGGAGGACUACAUUAAAGAGAAAGAACGACAAAUUCUUCAACUACAGGAAGAGGCAAAGAACUUCAUCACAAUGGACAAUCUAGAUGAACGGAUUGAAGAGGCUCUUGACAACCCGAAAAACUACAAUUUUGCCAUUGAUAAAGAAGGACGUGUUGUCAAACGGACUGUGAUACAGUGAUUAAUACACAAUUUAAAGAACAAAAAUACCUAUGUACAUAAAAUAUACACUGUCAGUGAUGUGGUUUAAACUGUUCGUUUGGACAAUUUUCUUUUGUCUUAAAAUUGAUUCACAUGAGUUCUUUGUCCUCUGACCCUCUAAGUGAUAUGAGCGAGUCAGUGGAUGUAGUGAGUGAUAUCUUUGUGUGUGCAUGCAUGUUAUGUGAGAAACUCAUUUUCAAAAUGUCUCAAUUCUAAAAAUACCAAAAAAUUCCUGUAAGGGUUUAGUGAAUUCAUCAUAGAUCAAAUAUAGAAGGAAAUUAACUUACUUCAGAGGAUUAUUUUGUCUCUGUCUGUCUAUCUAGCUACCAUUUUAAAUCUAGUUUAUAAUACAAUCCUAGUAUUGUAAGUAUUGUGUUGUGUAUAUAACAAGAAGAUUGUGAAGAUGGGAGUAUAGAGAAAGAAGGACAAAAGAGAGGCAGAAGAGACUAAGCAGAAGUGAGAGCAAUAGAUAUUUAUGGAGGAAAAUUACAUUAUCAUAUACAUUGAUCAUUUUGGAAUCAGAAACAUGUUGGUAAUAGGCUGGAUAAGUUCCAUUUAGAAGUUACGUUCCCAAUGGCGUGGUUAUAGCGGGUUGCGUGCUAUGAGUAUCAAACUGAAAAUUUCACAUGAUUUAAGUAAACAAGCCUUCCUUGCGCCACGUCAUAAUUGUUUCGAAAUUAUUCGAAAUUUUAGUGGUUCACCAAAAAAAAAAA